CCCGCCCUGCGCGCCGGCAGCCGGGUCCCCGGGCCGGGAGGAGACGGGGCGAGCGAGGCCGCACAAAGCGGGGAGCGACGAGCGGAGGCGAGGCGUGGGCGCGAAGCGGGCAUGGACGCCGAGUACCCGGCCCUGGAGCCCCCGCUCUGCGGCGAGCUCAAACGCCUGUGCAAGCGGCUGCAGGAGGCGCUCCACGAGCUGAGAGAGGACCUCGCGCCCUUCCGAGAUGACCGCUACUACCGGCUGGCGCCCAUGCGGCUCUACACGCUCUCCAAGCGCCACUUCGUCCUGGUGUUCGUCGUGUUCUUCGCCUGCUUCGGCCUGACCGUCUUUGUGGGCAUCAGAGGACCCAAAGUGAUCCAGACUUCUGCAGCUAAUUUUUCACUAAAUAAUAGCAAAAAGCUAAAGCCCAUUCAGUUACGUUCAAAUCCACUGUCAACGUAUAAUCAGCAGCUGUGGCUGACGUGUGUGGUUGAAUUGAAUCAGUCAAAAGAGACCUCCAUUCAGACGAGCUUCCCCUUGACGGUGAAGGUGGACGGUGUCGCUCAGGACGGAACCAUGCUGUACAUUCACAACAAGGUCCACAACCGGACCAGGACGCUCACGUGCGCAGGGAAAUGCGCGGAGAUGAUCGUGGCUCACCUCGGCUACCUGAACUACACGCAGUACACCGUGACCGUGGGCUUUGAGCACCUCAAGCUGCCCGUAAAGGAGAUGCACUUCACGUGGAAGACUUACGACCCCGCAUUCUCCCAGUUGGAGAUCUGGUUCCGAUUUGUCUUCGUGGUGCUCACCUUCAUCGUCACGUGCCUGUUUGCACACUCGCUGCGCAAGUUUUCCAUGCGGGACUGGGGCAUCGAGCAGAAGUGGAUGUCCGUCCUCCUGCCCCUGCUGCUGCUGUACAACGAUCCGUUCUUCCCGCUGUCCUUCCUGGUGAACAGCUGGCUCCCGGGCAUGCUGGACGACCUCUUCCAGUCCGUGUUCCUGUGCGCCUUGCUGCUCUUCUGGCUCUGCGUGUACCACGGGAUCCGGGUGCAGGGAGAGAGAAAGUGCUUGACUUUCUAUCUGCCCAAGUUCUUCAUCGUCGGGCUGCUGUGGCUGGCGGCGGUGACGCUGGGGGUAUGGCAGACAGUUAACGAACUGCACGAUCCCAUGUACCAGUACCGCGUGGACACGGGCAACUUCCAGGGCAUGAAGACCUUCUUCCUGGUGGGGGCGGCCGUGUACGUCGCCGCCCUGCUGUUCUUGGUCGUGCGGGCCUGUUCCGAGCUGCGCCACAUGCCGUACGUGGAUCUCAGGUUGAAGUUUCUGACGGCAUUAACCUUUGUAGUGCUUGUCAUCAGCAUCGUCAUCCUCUACUUAAGGUUUGGAGCCCAAGUAUUACAAGACAACUUUGUAGCAGAACUGUCAACCCACUACCAGAACUCAGCGGAGUUCCUGUCUUUCUACGGCUUGUUGAACUUUUACCUCUACACUUUGGCCUUUGUGUACUCUCCAUCCAGGAACGCGCUGUAUGAGUCGCAGUUGAAAGACAACCCUGCCUUCUCCAUGCUCAACGACUCGGACGACGACGUCAUCUAUGGGAGCGACUACGAGGAGAUGCCCCUGCAGAAUGGCCAGGCCAUCCGCGCCAAGUACAAGGAGGAGUCGGACAGCGACUGAGCGCCGGGGCCGCGGCCGCCCUGCCCGCCCCGCCACACCUGCAAGCGGAGAAUCCCCGUUCCUCAUGUGUUUACGUUUUUAAAAGGAAACCAAAACGGAGAGCAAAUCUGAAUCGGGCCAAGUUUACGUCAGGGCAGCUCCGUCUGUCUGGGAGGAGGGACUAAGUGUCAACAGCCGAGUCCUCUCUGCAGAGGUUUCCGUGGUGACAAGGAGAUCACCCGUGUUUGGUAGACAGUUACUUACCUGCAAACUCCGGUUCCUGGGCAGCCUCCCGGCCAGGUCCCGGCUGGCGGCUCUGCUCUCCUUCCCGCCUCCCGGAGCUGGGCCCUCGGCUUGUUUUGACCCUUUCGUCUGUGCCUGAGUGAGGCCGUCCUUCCCGUGGGGCGGCGUCUGCAGACCCCUAAGUGACGACGGACCACGGGCAGGGUGGCGGCCAGGCCUCAGCAGGGAAAGGCUGCGGCAACCUACCGGUCCCCAGCUCCGGGCUGGGUCUGAAGGUCGUGUUGAAGGGCGGUGUGUGCCCGCGUGCGUGCGUGCAGGACCGGGUGCGUUUCCCUGUGGCUGGGGUGGACAGCAGGGAAGCUGCCUCCAUUCCAGUCAACACAGUUUCUGCAAACUCUGUCGAACGUGAGAUCCCGUGAAGCUUUAUUUUUAAAUAAAAGCUACGUAAGUGAUUGAUAGAUUAUUACAGAUUCCUUAUUACCAAAAAGAUUUUCAGUUCCCCACUUGGAAACUAACUGAAAAGAAAGCGGAUGGCUUACGGAUGAGCACUGUGGGUGGGAAGUCACUGGAAGUCUCUCCUGGCCGCGAGUCCCGCCGUGGCCGGGCGCGCAGGUGCACGGCUCCAGAAGGGACGCUCGUGGUGCUGCUGCAUCUCGGGCAUCCUAGGAGGCUCAGAGACUCCACGUGCAAGUGUGGUGCGGGGGACCCUGCCGAGACGCCGGACUCCGCGGGACGCCGGCAGCCGUGGUGCGGGGGACCCUGCCCAAGACGCCUGACUCCGCGAGAUGCCGGCAGCCGUGGUGCGGGGGACCCUGCCGAGACGCCGGACUCCGCGGGACGCCGGCAGCCAUGGUGACGGGGGACCCUGCCGAGACGCCAGACUCCGCGGGACGCCGGCAGCCGUGGUGCGGGGGACCCUGCCCGAGACGCCGGAUUCCGCGGGACGCCGGCAGCCGUGGUGACGGGGGACGCAGAGGCCCGGGAGGACCGCUCGCUCCGCACGCCGCGCCUGCAUUUCCACCUAUGCAUUCCCAGCUCGCCACUCAGAGCCGCAGGUGACGGCCACUCCAGGACCUGGGCCCUGGAGGUGCAGAGGAAGCUCUUCGUUAUGGCUUUUCUCUCUAAUUUAACGAUAAUGUGAUGGAACCUUAAUAUGGAUUCCAUUUGAUUUGUUUUAAAAGACUUGUAAAUAUGAAUGAAGCAGCUGUUAUGUAAGGGUGAUUCAAGUUUACAUGAUUUUUACACUUGCAACGGUGUGAGAUGACUUUUUUUAUUCUGUGUAUUGCAAAAAUGUUUCUGUUACCCAGUUUUACAACUUCUAAUAUGACUACUCUAUGAACAGUUUAUGUAGGAACGGAUGCAGACUGACGCACUCCAACAUGUGAAGUGGUUUACAGGCCUCAACCAUCAUGAAACACGCGUCCGCAUUUGGACUGCUGCUGGUCACCAGAUGUAAAGGCCGUGUGCAUUAGCCGUGUGCAUGAGCACAUCCCGGGGUCUGUGUUCUGUGGGGCAGCAGGAAGCUGAGGCCGAGGCCUCGCAUCCACUCUCCACGGCAGCCGUGAAGUGAAACAGUAGUGUGUAUUUACUUUCUGUAACUAAAAUGACAGUGCUCAACAGGAAAAUGGUGUUAAAUUGUGUUUUCGAUUUCUCCUCCCUGGUGUAGUAGAUAAGCAUUUUGCAUGCUCCAUGUAAGAACUGGCCUAGUGUGUGCAGCUUAGCACAUCGGGCGUGACAGGUGUCAUGUGACAGGUGUCCGCCCUCCAGAAACUCGGGAGGGUGCCAGUUUUUCUUCAAAGAUAUCCAAGUUUCGCAGACUUGAGUUCUUCAUGAUAAUGGCCUGACACCACUGUUGGGUUUUUGUAUUGGUCUAGGGGAGUCUGGAGGCACCCCAUGUCCCCACGUGGGCAACAGGUCUGCUUGAUUUAUUAUUCAAUCACUACAGCCCUGCACUGGUGCCGUUCUCUCUGAAGCCCUGUCUGAAAGGCCAGAGAAGGAUAUACAGAAAAUAGAUUCAUGGUUCGUAAGGUUAGUGCUGUACGUAAUUACACAUUGUAAGUUUGGAUAACGUAGACCCAGCCCACUGAAUGGACAGGUUAGAAGACAGACGUAGCAGCAUCAAGUAUUUCACUGGCUAGUUACUGAAUGCAGUUACGUUACCUAGGUUACAUGGUGCCACUGACUUCUCGAAUCAUGUCCACAGCAGAAAUACAGAUGCUUACAAAGGGAGAGUAACAGGGGCUUCUGUCACCAGGUCAGGACUCGGCCACUAAAGUGUAUUUCAGAGGUGUCAGAAACCAGCUGCCUUGGGCUUCCUUUUGCACACACACACACACACACACACACACACUCUGACAAACCUUACCGCCAGGAGAGGGAGUUGCUUCUGUCUUUGCUUUGCCCGUGUUACGAUGUUUGUCUUUGCGCCAUGUUAGGCACACCAGUGAGUCUAAUACCGCACUCGGAAACAUUUUCUGUUAUGAAAACUGCCUUUUUACACACAAGCUGUACAGAUCUGUGAACUGAAACACUCGCCAUUACGCUCAAUAGGAAGGCGGGGCGGGGCCUGACGGGGCGGGGCCGUCCUCCGUGGGCAACAGGAAUUGCUGUCUGCUUAGGGCAAACUAGCCUCCUGGGAACGGCCUCAUUCUGACACUACCUUUCUGCAAAUGGUAAUAAAUUUUUAUUAUUCAUUCCUUA